AUGGGAGUGAAUAAUCUGUGGCAAAUCCUCGAGCCUGUGAGACAACCUGUCAACUUGAGCAGUCUUAAGGGAAAAACACUUGCUGUUGAUUUAAGUCUAUGGGUUUGUGAAGCACAGACUGUUAAAAAGAUGAUGGGAGUAGUUACCAAGCCACAUUUGAGAAACCUAUUUUUUCGGUUGUCUUUCUUAACAUCAAUGGGAAUUAAACUAGUGUUUGUCAUGGAAGGAGAAGCCCCAAAGUUGAAAGCAGGCACCAUAAGUAAGAGGAAUGAGAUGCGCUAUGGACCUUCAAAGAAAGUUGGAGCUGCAAGAACAGGGAGAUCAUUAUUUAAAGCCAUUUUAAAAGAGUGUCUCGAACUGCUGGAGUGUUUAGGUGUCCCUUGGGUUCAAGCAGCUGGGGAAGCAGAAGCAAUGUGUGCCUACCUAAAUGCAAAAGGACUUGUUGAUGGCUGUAUUACCAAUGAUGGAGAUGUCUUCUUAUAUGGUGCUCAAACAGUUUAUAGGAACUUUGCCAUGAAUGCUAAGGAUCCACAUCUUGACUGUUACACAAUGUCGUCUAUUAAGGAGAAGCUUGGUUGUGACAGAGAGUCUUUGAUUGGGCUGGCCAUUCUUCUGGGCUGUGAUUAUAUUCCAAAGGGUGUUCCAGGAGUUGGGAAGGAACAGGCUUUAAAGUUAAUUGAGACUUUGCGUGGUCAAAACUUACUGCAAAGGUUUGAGCAAUGGAAAGAACAAUUUCAGUAUGAUAAUAAUCCACUUCUGGUUGUUAAAAGAGCAAUUCACUGUUCUGAGUGCCAUCAUCCAGGAUCUUACAAGGAACAUGAGCACAGUGGAUGUCAGUUCUGCAAAAGCUCUAGAUACUGCAAACCCAAUGACUCCAAACACUGCUGCCCUUGUGAAUGGCAUCAGUUAGAACGAGUGAAACAAGCCAAUGCAGUGGAGGACAAUAUCAGAAAAAAAGCUAACAGUUGUGAGGGGUUUCCAUUUUCUCAGGUUAUCCAAGAAUUUCUUGUAAACAAGAAUAAAUUGAUCAACAUAAAGGAAUAUCAAAGGCCAAAUUUAUUGUCUUUUCAGAUAUUUGCAGCUGAGAAGAUGGAAUGGGCCAAACAUUACGCUUGUAAGAAAUUGUUAGCACUAUUGACACGAUAUGAUAUGAUCCAAAGAAAAUCUGGAUACACUGAUUCAAAACAACUACAAGCGAUACGGAUAGUCAAGACACGUGUUAAAAAUGGAAUUCCUUGUUUUGAAGUCGAGUGGCAAAAACCAGAACAUUAUGUUGAUGCAGAAGAUCAGCCUGCAGAGUUGUUUGUAGUCACAGUAGAAGAGGAGUCUUUGUUUCAGGCAGCUUAUCCUGAUGUUGUUGCCCUUUAUCAAGUGGAAAAGUCAGAAGUUCUGAAGAAGAAACAGAAAAACAGGAAAGACAGACCAAAAGAAAAGGAAGCAUCAAAUGUUUAUGAUGAAGUUAGCGACCUUCUGUCUCAAAUGAAUUUAAAAUCUAGAUGUGGAAUUCUUCCUGUGCCAGACUCCUUGUCAGAUAUAAAACCUCCCCCUAAAGAUCAGGUAUGCCAGAGAAGUACUGAGUCAAAAGGUCUAGUGUUAGCUGAAGGUUGCUGUGUAACAACUGCUCAAAUGCCAGCAUCAGCAGCUGCUCUUCCUGUGAGCGCAUCACCUUACUCGCUCAUACACGGCAUGCUGACUGACUCAUCUGUAUUGCCAUCACAACUGACUAAAAAUUCAAAGGUGUCGUCGUCUUCCUCUGUAACAGCUGGUCUUCAGCUUAGCAGUAUUGACUGGAAAGGAACAUUGAUCAGUGCUUUACCAGCCCAUGGGGGUGGUAUCCAUGAUCCAGCGGCUGACUUAGCUGCAUGUUUAAAACACAGGGAUCCACUAGUCCAUGAAAUAGUAACAAGUAGCUCAGAAUAUUCUGAUGCUGUGCAGUCUGAUCAGCAUCACUCUGAUAGUACAGAUGACUGGGUUUCAGAUGAUGCCAUGGAACAACUUCAGAAGAGGUCUUUAAGUGAGCGAAUAUUUAAGAAGACUUCUGUUCCAUCAAAGCCCUUGUUGUCUGAAGAUGUAGUGCAAGUGGAGACUUUGGAAUGUUUUAAACAAACAAAAGAAACAUUGAGCUGUGAUAAAGAUGCCUCUUCCUCAUGUCAGUUCAAUAAACAAGUGCAGGGAAGUAAGAAUGUGCUAUCAGAAAACUGUGCAAGAGAAUCCAGUGUAAUUGUGUAUCAAGAUCAGCACAGAAAGGCUGACAACUUGGCCAAGAUGAUGCAAAAAGACCAUGAUAUAAGUAGUUCAACAUCUCUGGCCUUCAGUGGGCAACCAGAGACACUCCAUCUUGGGAGUGGAAGGCUUCCAGUGUCUAAAAAGCCAGAAGCUGUUGGAAGUGGCUGUCAUAUUGAAAAAGCUUGUAGUCAGACUACUUGGAAAACUUCUAAAAAGAGCGUGUGUCAGAACAGAUGUUCUUCUAGUGAAGACAGUGAUGACGUGAAUAAAAAUCUAAUCUGUGAGCAGCAGAAAGGGCAACUGAACCCUGGUCAGUUUAAAAAAUGUUAUAAGAAGAAAAGGAGUGGUGGUGUUCCUAGCCAAAGAACGAACAGUGACUCAGCCCUUGUAAUUAAAGGGAAACAGAAAAAGACUGAUUUAAAAAAAUCUGGUAAUAGCUUCUCAUUGGAAGUAUCUCCAAAACCGUCCACUGCAGGGGAAGUUAAUUGUCCCCAAAGUCCAGAGCAACCAUUUGAAAGGUUGAGUUCUGGUCCUACGCAACAAGCUGAAAGUGCUCUUCUGACUUGUGUAUGGGCAGACAGUCCCCUUCCCCUGUCUGAAAGACUAAAAGGAAGAAUAAAAAUCAAUUAG